AUGGCAAUGGCAUUACAAAAGCCAGAGAGCGAUCAAAAUUACAUACUUGACCUGAUGAAGGCAUCCGAACAGCUUGAUAAAGCGCUGUGCGAGGCAAAGAUCCGCUCAUUAAUGGAUCGCUUAUCGGUGAAAAAUGGUGCAGACAUGGCAAAGAAAGAGGCUAAAAGAGAAGAGAAAUUAUUAAUCAAACAAAUGGAGAGAGAUAAACGAGUGUCUGAGAAAGAGAAAAAAAGAUUGGAACGUGAACGUCAAAAGGAAGAAUGGUUAAGUGAGAAGGAGCUAAAGCGGCUUCAAGGAGAGUCAGAAAAAGAUGAAAAGCGUCGUGAAAAAGAAGAGUCUGAAAUGAGGAAACUGCAGAGGAAGCAGCAAGAAGAUGCUGAAAAAGAACAACGCCGUCGAGAAAAGGAAGAAGCUGAGUUGAAAAAGCAACUAUCCAUAAAAAAGCAAGCUUCAAUCAUGGAACGUUUUGUCAAAAGAAGCAAAACCAUCGUGGCAUGCCAGAGUGACCAAUUUCCAACUAAAGCAACUGUGUCUGAUUUGUUGAGUAAAAACAGUGAAAAUAUGCCUGAGGUAGUCACCCAGUCAAUGGAUCAUACUCUUUCAUCUAAUGAGGAGAUUAUUGCUGAGGAUAUCCGCAGGUUGCACUUGUGCUCCUGGCGCCACUUAGGCCAUUUUAUUCGGUCAAACAGAAACCAACACUGGGGCAUACGUCAGAAGCCUAAGACUGAACUAUUUAAGGAACUUAAGCUCACAACCAGUAAAGGACUAGUUCGUGGUGAUGAUUUAAGCACAGAGAAACUUGUAGAUAGAUGGAGAGAACAUGUUUCCGAUGAUAAAUCAUGUCAGGCUAAUACAGAUUUUUCUCUUACUGAUGUUAAAAAGUGCAAACGGGGAAAGCAGUUGUUACAAUUUGAUAAGAGCUGUAGACCUGCAUUCUAUGGUAUAUGGCCUAAGAAAAGUCAUGUUGUUCGACCCUGUCACCCUUUUAGGAAGGACCCGGACUUGGAUUAUGAUGUGGAUAGCGAUGAGGAGUGGGAAGAGGAGGAUCCUGGUGAAAGCCUGUCUGAUUGUGAUAAAGACGAUGAAGAGGAAGGCUUAGAAGAAGGGUGUUCAAAAGCUGAUGAUGAAGAUGAUAGUGAAGAUGGCUUUUUUGUACCUGAUGGGUAUCUCUCAGAAAAUGAGGGAGUACAAGUUGACAGGAUGGAAACUGAUAUAACAUAUGAGGAGACCAGAAUCUCACCUAGUUUUACGCAAGAUUUAGAGAGCGAGAAAUUCUCUAUUUUGCUUCGACAGCAAAAAUAUUUAGGAAAUUUGACAGAACGCUCUCUUCAGAAAAAUCAGCCUUUAAUUAUAUCAAAUUUGAUGCAUGAGAAGGUCUCUUUGCUAACAGCUGAAGAUCUUAAUGGUAUUCUUAAGCUCGAACAGAUGUGCUUGCAAGCUCUUAGUAUGCAUGUAUUUCCUGGCAGUUCACCUGUGGAGAUAUCAGUUGAUGGCUUACCAGAAGAAGACCAAGAAGUUUGCCUUUCAAAUGGCACGCCCUGUGUUAAAUCAAUUUCCUCUGUUACUGUUAUACCAGAAUCGGAUUUGCCUACAAUAGUGUCUGCCAUUCAGUCAUGCUCACAGGGCAUCAAUAAAGUGUUACAAACUUUGCAGAAAAAGUUUCCAGAUAUGUCGAAGUCUCAGUUAAGGAAUAAAGUGCGUGAGAUAUCAGAUUUUGCAGAUAACCGAUGGCAGGUGAAGAAAGAAAUUUUGGACAAAGUUGGCUUGUCAAUAUCUCCUGAAAAGAGAGCUGGGCAGACCAAGAGUAUUGCUGCAUUUUUCUCGAAAAGGUGCUUGCCGCCUACUGGUAAAAGUUUCAAUCCUAAUGAAAAGUCACCUCAGCCAGCUGUGAAGCCAGGUUGUUUUGGACAAGGGCAGCAGGGUUGCGCAUAUGAACGCCCGUAGAUUGCUGUUUCGUUUUGUUUUUUCUUUUUGUAAUAUAUGGAAUGGAUUUAUGGGCUGUUUUUUCGGUUAAUAGCAUAGCAUAUAUCCGCUGCAGAUACCCAGAUUGUCCCAAUCCAAAUCCCAUAGAGGUUUGGUGUAAACUCUUUUUUUUUGUUUGUUUCAGAAAGUAAAACAGAUUCAAUAGGCUAGGAAUUUCUA